GUUCCGGUUGUUCCUGUGUUAUUGUGGCCAUGUGCGAUCUUGUGUACAUAUUCUGACCUGUACGGUACUCUAGAUGACCAGUUUAUGUCCAGUCUAAUAUGACCAGUUUAAUAAAGAGUCCUGUUUAUAUGAGGGUUAGCCUGCUGUCAUGUGUUUGGCUGAGCCGGUUAGCUGAGAACUAACUAGCGUCUGUUUAUGCGGCGAUGGCUGCGGCUCUGAGGCGGCUGGUGAGGCGGGUUUCUCCACAAGCAGCUGAUCGAGACUCUGGUUCCCCCUGAUGAUCUGGACAGCAGAAGCGUCAUCCUGGAGGUCGUAUCAGGACGAACAACCGGAGGAGACAUCUGUCAGCAGUUCACCAGAGAGAUGUUCGACAUGUAUCAGGGCUUUGCUUCUUAUAAAAACUGGGACUUUGAGCUCUUCAAUUACACUCCGGCUGAAUACGGAGGUCUCCAUCACGCCUCCGUGCGUGUCUCUGGCGAGUGUGUUUUCCGCUGGCUGAAGUUUGAGGGUGGCACACACCGAGUGCAGAGGAUCCCUGAAGUGGGUUUAUCGUCCCGCAUGCAGCGCAUUCACACCGGCACCAUGACGGUCAUCGUGCUGCCGCAGAUGGAGGAGGUGGACAUUGAUAUCGCACCUAAAGACCUGCGGAUCGACACCUUCAGAUCUCGCGGUGCCGGCGGUCAACAUGUGAACACCACCGACAGCGCCGUCCGGCUCGUACACCUGCCCACAGAGUUCAUGCGUGGAGCUGAAGGUUUGGAGGAUUUGUUACGGCUCCUGCAGGAGAACCAGGAUAGAGAAGAACUGCUGAAACUGCUGAAGGACAACAGCUGACACACACACACACACACACACACACACACACACACACACACACACACAGAAAGAGACAUUAAACACAGUUCUGAAGCUGCAGUGGGAGCUCAAUGACUUUAUCAUGUGAAAGGGAAAUGUUCAUGUUUCCUCAUGGAGUUACUUGUAUCUUCAGUUGUGAGUGUCCUGGUGCAGUUUGCUGUUACUCAUGUCUCUGAUGGACACAGGAGAUCAUCAUCAAUAUUCAGCUCAUCUGGAGCUGUGGAGUGGCUUCUUCUAUCUCUCGGUUCAUACUUUUAGUUCAUGCAGCCACUGUAGGUCUACAGGAUGAGUGUCAAUCAGACUAAUAGAUAUAUAUAAUUUACUUUAUUUUCAACUUAUUUAAAUCUCUUUCUGUGUCCUCGUUUGGACCUGUACGUAUUCAAAUAUAUCACAGAAUAAGUGAUCAAAUUGAAUGUGAUUCUGUUCAAAAUGAUGAAGAACGUCUUGUCUACAGUGUAGAAUCUGCUGGUCUGAAGGAUAAAGAGUUCAGAUG